GAGAAUACUUAAUUUAUAUAAUAAUAGUUAUGAAAAUUGAAACACAUAUUUGACAUACAAAAUGUUAAAAAUACUAUUUUAAAGAUAAUUUUCUUGCAUAGCCCACAAAGCGACUUUGAGAAAAUUGUAAUAUAACAUGGAAGGAUCGUUAAGCAAAUGGACAAACGUUAUGAAGGGUUGGCAAUACCGAUGGUUUGUUCUCGAUGAGAAUGCAGGUUUACUAUCAUACUAUACCUCUAAAGAGAAGAUGAUGAGAGGAGUACGUCGUGGUUGUGUCAGACUUCGCAGUGCUGUCAUAGGCAUAGAUGACGAAGAUGAUUCCACAUUCACCAUAACUGUAGAUCAUAAAACUUUUCACUUCCAAGCUCGAGAUGGUGAGGAGAGGGAAAAUUGGGUCAGAGCUCUGGAAGAUACAAUUUUAAGGCACAGCGAAAGGGGUCAACAAUGGUCUGGUCAACAACAGCGCACUCAAACAGUUAAAGACUUUGAUAAAAAAGUCUCAGAGGCCGAUGCAUAUUUGCAACUCAUGAUUGAGCAAAAUGCUAAAUUAGAAAUGAGAGUUAAGAAUAUACCGGAUGAUGAUGACAGAGCAAAGUGCAAGGUCAUUUCUGAUCACAGCAAUGCCAUGUUGGAUAACAUAAAACACUCCAUAGUUUUAUUGCAAAUAGCAAAGAAUACAGCUCACCCCAUAAAUGGUGUAUACCAAGGCCCGACAUCUUCAAGUAUCUCAACAUCAACAUCUCAAACAGCACCUAUCAAUACAUCAGGAAAUACUAUGACAUUAUCAGUGCCUGCUACAUCGUAUUCAUCUUCUGAAGGUGAAGAAGAUUUCUAUGAUGCUAAUGAAGAUAUCUUUAGUCCGGGAACUCCCACAAGCAGUGGAAGUAGAAUGUCUCUGCCAGAAUUUACCAAAUGUUCAGUACCCAAUAUGAGCAACUAUGAAUCUAAUGCUGAAUCUGCUUGUGAAGCAAUUAAUUGUUGCCCAUCUGAUGAAUAUUGCGAUCAGCCGGGCACUUCUCAAAAUGCAGUUUUAGAUGAUGGCAAACGUUCAGGAACUCCGCCAAUUAGCCAAGAUGGAGAAUUGGACUAUGAUGCAUUGUAUGAAGUAGAUGAUGAAGAAGAUAUGGGGUCCAUGGAAACCCAUGGUUCAGUGGUUACUCAUCUAUUAUCUCAAGUCAAAAUUGGUAUGGAUUUGACAAAAGUUGUCUUACCAACUUUCAUUUUAGAGCGACGGUCCUUAUUGGAAAUGUAUGCAGACUACUUUGCUCAUCCUGAUGCUUUUGUUAAAAUUGCUGAUUUAAAAGAUCCUCGAGAUCGUAUGGUACAAGUUGUUCGAUGGUAUCUGUCUUCAUACCAUGCAGGAAGGAAAAGUGCUGUAGCAAAAAAACCUUAUAAUCCUAUCCUUGGCGAAAUUUUUAAAUGCCAUUGGGACAUAGAUAAAAGAGUGGAAAAAUCAGACGCGUUAGUUUCUGAUGGACCCAUUCCAUGGUGCAACAGAGAUCAAUUAACAUUCAUUGCUGAACAAGUAUCACAUCAUCCACCAAUUUCAGCAUUUUAUGCUGAACAUUAUAACAAGAAAAUAAGUUUUUGUGCACAUGUUUGGACUAAAAGUAAAUUUCUAGGAUUAUCUAUUGGGGUACAUAAUAUUGGUGAAGGUCGAGUUAAAGUUAUUGACUAUGGCGAAGAAUACGUUGUAACAUUUCCUAAUGGUUAUGGAAGAUCUAUUUUAACAGUGCCAUGGAUCGAGCUAGGGGGCUCAGUAACAAUAUCAUGUGCACAAACUGGUUAUCAAUGCAACAUUGAAUUUUUAACAAAGCCUUUUUAUGGAGGAAAAAAACACAAAAUUACGGCUGAUGUAUUUUCUCCAACAGAUAAAAAGAAACCAUUUUUAAGCAUUAAUGGCGAAUGGAAUGCUCGAAUGGAAGCUAAAUGGAGUGAUGGAAGAACAGAAACAUUUUUUGAUGUCAAUAAUGUGACAGUAAUCAAGAAGAUUGUUAGACCUAUUGCCCAACAAGACCAAAAUGAGUCUCGAUACAUUUGGAAAGAAGUAACAGCAGGACUGACUUUGAAUGAUAUAGAUAGGGCUACUACAGCUAAGAGCACAAUAGAACAAAAGCAACGUGACCUUGUUCAGCAAAGGAAAGAUGAAAAUGAGGAAUGGCAAACUAAAAUGUUUAGAAAACAUGGUGAAAAGUGGUAUUAUGUAAGCCCACUUGAAGAGAGAUUGGAAACAACUGGUAAUUAAUGCAAUGUAGCCUACAGUUGAGUUUAGAUUAGUCAAAGUAUUAGAUACUUUUAAACAUGCUGAGAAGGAUAGCAAACUAACUUAUAUAAAUAUAGCAAUAUUUACCUAACACUAUAUAAACAACUUACG